AUGUCUGUUGCUAUCCGCCGAGCAUUCCUCCACGCCCGCGGAGUCCGUCAAGCAUCGUUGCCGUCGCUAUGUAGCCCGACUCUCCCACACUCCGCACCUGGCGGGCUCCCUCCGUUCGGUGGUGCUCGCCCGCUGCAUCAGAGUCACCCGUGUGGAGCAGCGAAGUCUGCGACAUCGGAGUCGGUGGCAGCGCGCAUGGUGGAGAAGCGCAAGCAGGAGAGACAUGAAAACGCGGUGCUGCUAUCCAUGCUGGCAGUGGGGCUCUCCAUCUCCGGCUACUUCUACUACACCUCGCAGAUCCGCCCCUACUCCCACUCCUCCUCUGUCACCGCCUUCCCCCUCACGCCCUCCACCCGCCUCCCCCCUGCCCCUGGUCCGCAGCCAGAGCAGGGGGCCGAUGUGACCAAGAGGUCGUAG